UGUCAUUAUUAUCAUCUCGCCGCAAUCAUGAUUAAUAAAUUAUCGCCCACUUGAAAAGUGAUAUAUAAAAAAUAGUGUAUAAAAUUGUGUUCUAAACAAAUAGUAAAUAUGGAACGAUUUAAAAUAUUCGAAAAAUUCGAAUUAAAUAGUUUGAAGUCCGAGUGGAUAAAUUCGAUAUGGGACGGAGAGUUUUUGACGUUCGUUGAUCCUCCCCCGGAGUAUUUAUCAUUAAUUAAAUCGGAAAAUUUAGAACAAUUAUUAAUGACGACGUGUACAAUAAUAAAAUCAUGGAUCAUGGAAAACAGCGAUGAAGUGCAAGUGAAAUGGCAAACGUUAAAUUCGAUCGGAAUCAAUGUUCGUGCUCUGCUUGCAUUUUUAGGUUAUAUUAUGAAAAGUGGUCAGAAAAUAGGCGCCGAUGAAGAUUCCCGACAAUGUUGCCUCAGGGCGUGUAGUUUAUAUUUAAUGCUGCUUGCCGUUCCUGGAAGUACUGUUUAUCAAGUGUUUCAUCCUCAUUUAUAUCACAGAGCAAUAGAAUCUUUUAAACUGGUAAAUCUACUGGCACCACCUCCUAAAAAAGUGAAUAAAACCCCCGAAUUCGAAGAAUUGUACGAAAACGAAGAGGAAACUGUGGAAAGUCUCGCACACUCGGAGCAAGUGACUUUGACAAAAUCAUUAAAUUGUAUAAUGUUUGAUUUAAUAACAAUGAUGAGGACUUUUUACAUGAAGGACAAACCGGACACGUUGAAUAUCACCAUUCAAUCGCUGAUCGAUUGCUUAAAACUUGAAACGAGUGUCAAUCCUUUCCAAACGCCGAAGAAAAUAAAAAAAGACGCAACACUCUCGACAUUGUCCUACAAUGCCUAUAUUGCUCUACAAGAAUUGUGCGAUCCAAAUCAUGGAGCUGUUGACUUAACAAUACAACUCGUUGCUAAAUAUUUUCUACCGAUUCUCCUCUCGUCGUACACGGAAUUGCAGCAAAAGUCACUGGUAAUAAUGCAGGAGACGAUAAUUAAUUUCUUGAAAAAUCUACUCAUUUCGAAGAGAAACGAGGCUGAGAAUGGGAUUUUGAUUCUUACGCAGCAAUUGAUGAUUAAUUGUCCGGAACGUUUGGAGGCGAGACAGAAACAGGCGAAUGUUGUUGCUAAAUUGAUAAAUAUUACGUUUGAUAAUCUCUAUUUGAAGAUUAUUGAGAAUUUGAUUUUAUUCUCGUUUCAUAAUAAAGUUAUGUGUCGAAUAUUCGCUAUGGAAAUUAUUUCGAAAUGUAUUGUUGAUCAAAAUGAUGCCGAGCGGGGAAAAGUGAAACGAAUUCUUAUCACGGCGACAUUGGGGCGUUGCAUCGAUUCAUCAAGUUUGGUACGAGGUCGAGCAAUGGCGAUAAUUUCAAACUGUAUCGACAUGGACACUCCGAAUAGAACGAUAUUCAAGGAAAUAUUCGACGAGUCAAGAAGUGAAAACGACAAUUUCCCUCCGACUGUCAAUCAACUGUCGAGUGCAAUUUUCACCGAUGACAAUCCCUUACCGACGAUGGAUAAAAUUUAUCCAAUGCUGAUGGAUCGUCUGGAGGACGAAAGAGCCCUAGUGCGACGUAGUGCACUCCAAAUUUUCCGCAAUGUCACAAACCUACAUCCGGACAGUGUCGAGGAAAUAUUCCUUAUAAUCGGCACUCGUUGUCGGGAUCCAACUUUAAUUGUUCGCAGUCACGCGAUUCAAGUCCUCACUCACAUUCUUCUCGAGAACGUCGAACUGACCCCACUAAUCGAUCACUGGAUCCAUUUCAUUUUGCCCCAGGUCUACGACAUUGAACCCAAAGUCCAGGAGAAAGUACUCGAAGCACUCGAGAGUUUGCUACUGAAAAAAAUAACGAACUACACCGAAGAUGUGGUGACAAAUUCAUCGAAUCUUCCCUGGCUAAUCAUCAGUCGGGUGAUAAAGGAGAAGAUGAGGAAAAAUUUGUCAAAAAUUUGCGAAUUGUGGAAAAAAUCCGAUUUGGUGACCAGUGGAUUAAUUGGUUGUAUUAAGAGUCACAUUGGGACGAAAAAUAAUUUAUCCGCCUGGGCGUUACUUUCGUCUUUGUCCGAGAAUAUUCAGCUACCGAAGAUGGACCUCUACUUCAGCGAUUUUAAUUUAAUUCUUCAAUACGACGACUUUUGUUCGAGACUAAAACUCGAAGUGCUGAGAAAUUCAUGGCCGGGAAUGACUCAAGUUUUUCUACGAGAAUUUUUUGAUUUUCUCCUCAAAGCUUUGGGGAGAUUCGAAAUCAACAUCGCGUUAAUAAGCAUUUGUUUCGACCUCCUAAUCGGGAUCGCCAAAAAAUUACAAGUUGAAAUCGACGCUAAAAUGGUGAAUCUAAUAAAACUCUGUGAGAACGAAAUCGAAAAAUUGUUCGGCGACGAUAAGGAAGAGGCUCUCGAGGCUGAAUUACUCUACGUGAAGGCGAUGUCGACACUGGGACACGCGGCAUUUUUAUCUUCGGUCAAAAUAUCCAGGUCUACUGUCCGAACACUUCAGGGCCUCCUUCUCGAGUGGCAGAGUAUUCCUCGAAUUCUGCAAACGAGGAAAGAGUUACAGGCGACGGCGAUUGCGCUACUGGGACAGCUGUCGAUGCGAGAUCGGGAAAUCGCCGAGGAGACGAUGCCGAUUUUCGGGAAAUUGAUGUCGAAGACGAUUGAGACGAGGAAGGAGAGUGAGGCGGCGAAUAAGAUCAAUUCGGCGAAGACGUUGGCGGAUCUUUGUAUUCAGUACACGGCGCUGGUUGAGUCCUACUUGCCGGACAUGUGCGUCAGCAUGAAGGACGAGAAUCCCAGAGUUAGGGAAGUGAUUGUUGUGAUAUUUAUUCAAUUACUGCUGGAGGAUUUUAUCAAGAUUAAGGGACCGUUCUUCUUUCAUAUUUUAACGAUGUUGACUGAUGAUGAUGAGACUAUACGGGAAUUGACGAUGUUUCUGAUCAAGGAACGUUUAUUGUCGAAGAAUAAAACACUCGUCUCACAGCAGUUUAUUAAGAGUAUUUUUCACUAUAAUAAUUGUCAGGCAAUAAACAAAUUCGCAAUUCAAACAAUGAGGGAAAAUGAGAAAAAGACUUUGACACUGCCGGGCAGAGAGAACGAGGCAAGACGACGAAUAAUUUACGAUUUUUUGCUCGAACAUCUCGAUCCACCGGGAAAAUUGAAACUAAUUUGCAAAAUAACGAGUGAAAUUCUCGGCCGAAUUUGUGACAAUGUUCUCGAUAUUAAAUUGGAGCCGGAAAUCUGUAUGCUACGCGACGUUCUCUAUUUGCUGAGCAAUGAACAAUUGCAAGUUUCAAAUAAACAAUUUGACGACGAUUCACAGGAGGAGACGGGAAAUGUGGCGAAUUUAACGAAUGCAAAAGCGAUACACGAAAUUAUUGACGGCAUAAAGAGGCAUAAAUUGGAAGUCCUGCUGCCUAUCAUAAUAAAGUUGAAGAAAAAAUUAGCGCAAAUUAAAUCGUCACUUUUGGCAGAUGUGACGAAAUUCUUUUUGAAAAUAAUUUCCGAAUAUAAUCGAGAGCAGUUGAGUAAUAUUUACAAUGAGUAUCCGAAUUUGGAUAAGGAUAUUGAAAUUGAUUCGAGAAAAUAUGGGAAAAAGGGGCAAAAUUGUAAUGAUGAUGAGAAUGAGGAGGAAGAUGAUGAACAAGAAGAAGGAGGGAGGGAGAAAGAUAAAGAAAAGGGAGAGGAGAGAAAAUCUGGCGGUGCGAAUAUUGAGAGACGGAAGGAGAAAAUAAAAAAUCUUUUGUGUCGAAACCCUAAAAUUGUUUUGAGGAGACUUUCAACUUUAACUUAUCAGAGUGCAAUGGGAUCAAAAAUCUCCAUAAGUGAUAAUUCGAUUCAUUCCCCAGAGCCUGGACCAAGUUCACGCAAAUAAUUGGCGACCUGAUGCUGAGAGUGUCGAAUGGCAAACUGAAGAGGUGUGAGGCCUUCUUGAUUCAUUAGCAGAGGAUCGGCACCGGCUCCAACGAGUUGUCUCGCCACUGUCAUGUGUCCCGUCAAUGCCGCCGCGUG